AUGGUCCCCCAGCUCGAAGGCACCGGCUUAAAGGUGUUCAUCGCGACAGCAGUAUUUGUCGCCGCUGCCACGAUCGCUUUCGGAUUGCGCGUAUGGGCACGUCUGCUCAUCCGAGCAUGGGGUGUUGAUGAUUGGCUGAUGCUUGCCGGAUGUCACCACUCUCACGACCCCGUGGAUGCCCACAAGAGCCUGAACGUCGCGGAAUACGAAGAUGGCAUGAAGUGGCAUUUCUUUAUUGGCUUGCUAUACACGGUCAACACCACCAUCGUCAAGUGUUCGAUCUGCUGCUUCAUGCUCCGUAUUGCCCGAGAGAGGGUCCACCGCUGGAUUUUCAAAGGCGUCAUCCACGUCUCAGUCAUAGCUGCCUUCAUCCGCAUCAUCGUCUGGGUUGCCCGCUGCAAGAACUUGGGGGAUAAUUGGAGAGACAACGCUCGCGCCGGCAAGGCUGGAUCAUGUGGCUCGCCGGCGCUCUUGACGCAGGUCAGCAUCUUUUUCAGCGUCAUUUGCAUUACCACCGAUCUUGUCUGCGCCAUCGUUCCGGCUGUCAUCGUCUACAAGCUAUCUCUGUGUUUGAAGCAGAAGAUCUGCAUCGGCAUCAUGCUCGGUCUCGGCGUAAUCGCCUCGAUCGCCACCAUGAUCCGGGUCAAAUUCCUCUUCCAGUACCAGAAUCGGGACGACUUCCUCUAUAAUCUUGCGCCCAUCGCUUACUACUCUAACUUCGAGAUCGCGCUCGGAAUCGCGGCGGCGUGCAUCGCGACUCUGCGUCCGCUACUGCGCUACUUGCCUUGCCUAAGCGGGGAAAUGGCGCACUGUGAGAGCGAAGGACGACCCUAUAACUCCUAUAAAAUGCGACACAUGGGAAAGAGUAGAGGGGACCAGGCUGAACAGCAAGGCGACAUGAAUAGGAUCGACAGUCAGGCGACUAUGCUUUCUCAGCAGGACUCGAUGGUGGGGAUUGCAAAGUGA